AAAUAUUACUCGUAAUUACCCUAGCCUAGCUAUCUACGCACGCACGAAAAUUAAUUAAUGCCUUCAAACCUCAGCCACUAUAUAUAUACGUACUAAUUACCACAUCCAUAUAUAGCUAGCUAGCUCUAAUAAAUAAAGAAUUAUAUAUAGAGAAUGGCAUGCAAUAGUUAUACUCAAACUACAAUUUCUUCCCUUUCGGAUGUUGGAAAAAGGAGGGUUAUUGUUUUAGCAAGACUGGAGCCUGCAGUCACUUUGAACACUACUACUACGAACCAGCUGCGAGUAUAUACUAAUCCUAAUAAUAAUUAUAGCAGCAGCAGUAGUAAAACCUUUACAAAGACACUACCAAUGAUCAGUAAUAUCGUGUCUGCAGAUGAGAAAACAAUUACUACUCAUCCGACUGCUGCAGGGAAGUUCGGAAGGUUUGGAGGGAAGUUUGUAGCUGAAGUCAUGAUAGCCCCCUUAGCUGAACUUGAAGCCGAAUUCAAUUCCGCAUUGCAUGAUCAUGAGUUUAAGACGGAGCUAGAAACUGAGCUGAGGGAUUACGUAGGACGCAAGACUCCUCUUUACCAUGCCCAAAGGCUUACAGACCAUUACAAGAACAGCGACGGAGAAGGGCCAGAAAUAUAUCUCAAAAGAGAGGAUCUCAACCAUGGUGGAUCAUAUAAGAUGAACAAUGUCGUUGCACAAGCGCUUUUAGCCAAACGUAUGGGCAGAAAGAGGGUGAUCACAGCAACAAGCGCCGGCCACCAUGGAGUUGCAGUUGCCGCUGUGUGUGCCAAGUUUUCUCUAGAUUGUACCGUUUUCAUUGGAACCAAUGACAUGAUGCAAAAACCAUCACAUGUGCAACUCAUGGAGCUUCUUGGAGCUCAGGUUAAGCCAAUUGAGGGAAGUUUACAAGUGGCAGCGUCGGAAUCAAUGAGGGCAUGGUUAGAAAACCUAGAAACCGAUUAUUACCUAUCUGGAAUAGCUGUGGGCCCGCACCCUAUCCCGAAGAUGGUUUGUGAGUUCAACUCCGUAAUAGGAAAGGAAACCAGGAAGCAAGCAACGGAGAAAUGGGGUGGAAAGCCAGAUGUGUUGGUUGCUUGUGUAGGGACUGGCUGCAAUGCAUUGGGCCUGUUUCAUGAAUUUGUAGGGGACUGCAGUGUACGAAUGAUUGGAGUUGAGGGCGGUGGAGUCGCAGGAAUCAGUAGUGACUCUCCCGAUUUACACUCUGCAAGUCUUGUAAGGGGUGAAGUUGGAGUCUAUCAUGGAUCCAUGUGUUAUUUGCUUCAAGAUAAACAAGGACAAAUCAAAACAGCACACUCUGUGGCUAGUGGAUUGGAGUUGCCAGGAGUAAGCCCAGAACUAAGUUUCCUAAAAGAUACUGGCCGAAUCGAGUGUUACGCAGUUACUGAUCAAGAAGCUCUUGAUGCAUAUAAAAGACUAUGUCGUCUUGAAGGGAUAACUCCGGCAUUGGAGGCGGCACAUGCUUUGGCGUAUCUUGAGAAGCUUUGUCCUACUCUGCCUCAUGGUGCCAAGGUUGUGGUUAACUGCAGUGGCACCGGGUAUAGUGAUGUAACCAAAGUCGUAAAUUAAUAGUAUUUUAGUCGAGGAACCUAUAAAGUAUUAUACGUAAUGAGAAUGGAAAUUAAUAUGGCUCAUUGAUAUGA